UCGCUUCCCCCGCUCCCAGCGCCGGCCCGGAGGUGGGAUUAGGCCGGGCUUUGGCUGAUCCCCUCCCAGCAGCCCGGCUUUAUAAAUCCCCCGCGGCCGGCGGGCGCGGCACCCGAGGGUGCCCGGGGUGGUGGCGAUGGCGCAGCAGCGCCGUGUCCAGCUGUCCACGCAGCGCCCGGGCAGCACCGUGUGCGUGCUGGGCACCGAGCUGGCCCUGGACGUGUGCGGCUCGGCUCCGCGGGGCGCGGCGGCGUUCCAGGCUCAGGCCACGCCGGGGGUGAAGCUGUGGGUGCUGCGCGAGGCCAGGAGCGUCAAGCUGCCCUCGAGCGUGGGGCGCUGGCCCCUGGCCCCCGGCCCCGAGCUGCUGCUGGCCAUGGACGCGCCCAGCAAGGACGUGGGCGACGAGAAGGUCAGGAUUUCCUAUUUCCGCGAGGCCGGCGGGGUUCCCGUGGGCCGGGCCGUGCUCUACCUCACCUGCGUGGAGGUGUCGCUGGACGCUGACGUCAACCGCAGCGGGGCCGUGAGCAGGACACUGCUGGACAAGGCCAGCUGGACAUGGGGGCCCGAGGGCCACGGGGCCGUGCUGCUCGUGAACUGCGACCGCGACGACGCCGGCGCCGAGGGCCUGGACAACGAGGACAGCGCCGUGCGCUCCUACAACGACCUGCGGGACAUGUCGCAGCUGGUGCUGCGGACGCGCGGCCCCCGCGCCAUCUUCGCCGGCCACCGCCUGCUGCUCCACGUCGACUUCGGCGACGCCGACAAAAUCCGGGUUUUCUACGGCGGCGACAGUGGGGAGCUGGAGAAGUUCCGGCACGUUCUGGGGGGCUCCAAGCUGGCCUACACCGUGCGGCCGAGCCGGCACUGCCACGAGAGCGUCUUCUACGUGGAGGGCCUGGCCUUCCCCGACGUGGCCUUCUCUGGCCUCGUGUCCCUGCACGUCACCCUGCUCGAGAGCCCCGAAAAGGGCCUCCUGGAGUGGCCGAUCUUCACGGACUCCGUGGUUUUCCGCGUGGCUCCCUGGAUCAUGACGCCCAACACGGCGGCACCGCUGGAGGUCUUUGUCUGCAGCGUGGACAACAACGAGGGGUUCGUGGCGGCCGUGGGCGCGCUGGCCGAGAGGGCGCAGUGCCCGCUGACCGUGUGCCCGGCACAGCAGAACCGCCAGGACCGCUGGAUCCAGGAUGAGAUGGAGUUCGGCUACGUCCAGGCCCCCCACAAGACCUUCCCGGUGGUCUUCGACUCGCCCAGGGACCUCGGCCUGAAGGAUUUUCCCAUCAGGAGCAUCCUGGGCCCCGAUUUCGGCUACGUGGCCCGGCAGGCUCCGGAGGGCGCUUCCAGCCUGGAUUCCUUCGGGAAUUUGGAGGUGAGCCCUCCCGUGACGGUGGCGGGCAAGGAGUACCCCUUGGGGCGCAUCCUGAUCGGCAGCAGCUUCCCCAGGCUGGGCGGCCGCAGGAUGGCCAAGGCCGUGCGGGAUUUCCUGCUGGCCCAGAAGGUCCAGGCGCCCGUGGAGAUCUUCUCGGACUGGCUCCACGUCGGGCACGUGGAUGAGUUCCUGAGCUUCGUCCCCGCGCCCGAUCGGAAGGGAUUCCGGCUGCUCCUGGCCAGCCCCAGCGCCUGUUACCAGCUGCUGAAGGAGAAGCAGGAGGAGGGGUUCGGAGAGGCUGCCAUGUUCCAGGGGCUGGACAGGGACGGGGUGCCCAAGCCGACCAUCAACGAGAUCCUGGCUGACGAGGAGCUCCGAAAGUUCAACGAGUAUGCCCAGAGCUGCAUCAGCUGGAACCGGGAUGUCCUGAAGCGCUCGCUGGGCCUGGCCGAGCCGGACAUCCUGGACAUCCCGCAGCUCUUCCAGGGCGAUGCCGCCUCCGGAGCCCAGGCUUUCUUCCCGGACAUGGUGAACAUGCUGGUGCUGGGCCGGCACCUGGGCAUCCCCAAGCCCUUCGGGCCGGUGGUGGGCGGGCGCUGCUGCCUGGAGCAGCGCGUGCGGGAGCUGCUGGAGCCGCUGGGCCUCUCCUGCACCUUCAUCGACGACUUCUUCUCCUACCACGUGCUGGCCGGGGACGUGCACUGCGGCACCAACGUGCGCCGCAAGCCCUUCGCCUUCAAGUGGUGGCACGUGGUGCCCUGAGCUGCCCACGUCCCCUCCGUGUCCCCUCCGGUUCCUUCCAUGUCCCCUCCG